GUUAUACCCCACUUUGAUUAUUCUCAUUCCCUUGCAAUUUAUGUUUCUUUUGUGCGGCAUUACCUUUGCUUUUCAAGUAUAUAUCAGAGAUGAGAUGAGAGAGUUAAUUGAAGUUUGAAUAGAAUAAAACAUCAAGAGAGAAAUAGAUCAUAAGCUUCCAUUCUUUGCAUACAAGCAAGCCAAGUCAUGGGGGAGUGUGAAAAAGGUUUCACCUGUAAUUACAUGCUCUUGAAACCAGAAGAAGUGAAAUUUUUUGAUCUGAUUCGUAUCUUAAUAUACAGUGACAUUGCUAAGAGAGACUUCGUCGAUAGCAGCAAGGCAAGGGAAGAGACUUUCCGCCGCAGAUGGCUCAUGUUUAUCUCCAUCGUCGUACAGAAGUUUCUGCUAUUCUUUGCGAAACCAUUGGCAUGCACUGGGUCGGGGAUCGAGUUCUUGGUCAAUCUUGUGUCUAGUAACCGAAAUCUGGGCGUUCUCUUUCUUAAUAUGAUAAAAGGGAAGUUGGUAAAACCUGACAGACAAUCAGCAACUUUCAUUUCGUUUAUUGGAAAUUUAGAUAAGCGAGUGAAGCUGGACAGUAGCAUCAAACAUGGAGAUGCCAGAUAUUUUGCCACUUUAUGCAUGAUGGCAUCUAAAGCAGCAUAUGAGAACAGAGCUUACAUUGAAACUACAGUUAAAGAUCACUGGAAGAUGGAUUACUUGGGAUUUUAUGACUAUUGGAAUGAUUAUCAAGAUAAGGCCACAACACAAGCCUUCAUGCUCCAUGAUAAAGGUAUUGACCAUGACACGAUAAUUGUGUCUUUUAGGGGAACAGAGCCCUUCGAUGCAGAUGCAUGGUGCUCAGACUUUGAUCUCUCUUGGUAUGAGAUCAAUGGUGUGGGAAAUAUUCAUGGUGGUUUUAUGAAGGCUCUAGGCUUGCAAAAACAAAGAGGUUGGCCAAAAGAAAUGAAUAAACUAGAAGAUAUGCGCCCAGAGCCCCUGGCUUACUAUGCAAUCAGGGAGAUGUUAAAAGACCAAUUGAGCAAAAAUGAUCGAGCAAAAUAUAUAUUGACAGGUCACAGUUUAGGUGGGGCACUGGCUAUUCUCUUUCCCACAAUUUUAAUACUGCAUGAGGAGAAACUGUUGUUGGAGAGAUUGGAAGGGAUCUAUACAUAUGGGCAACCAAGGGUAGGAGAUGAACAGUUUGGUAAGUUCAUGGAAAUGAAGUUGAAAGAGCAUAGUGUUCGAUAUUUUAGACUUGUUUACAGUAAUGACAUGGUGCCAAGGUUACCUUACGAUGACUCAGAUCUUAUGUUCAAGCACUUUGGGACCUGCAUUUACUAUAAUCGCCACUAUGAAGCCAAGGUUGUUCCGGAGCAACCAAAUAAGAAUUACUUCUCACCGCUGAAUGCAAUUCCAAUGAUGAUAAAUGCAUUUUUGGAGCUGAUAAGAAGUUUCACCAUAGUUUACAAAAUGGGACCAGACUAUAAAGAAGGGUGGUUCCUCAAGGUGUUUAGAGUAAUCGGUUUGGUUAUGCCAGGCAUAUCAGCGCAUUCUACCCAAGAUUAUGUAAAUGCUACUCGUUUGGGAUCCUCCGACGGAUUUCUACCAUCUCAAUUAGGUGAAAUUCCUUGAUGGUCUUCGUAAAUUUGUGCUGUUUGUUAACGUUAAAUGGUCAUGUAAUUCCGAUAAUGGUUACUAAAAAUAGAAUGAAUAACAGAAUAAGUGAGGUCUCUGCUAAAAAGUUAUGAUAUAUCCAUUUCCAAGAAGAUAUGUAACUUAGAGAAAAUGUAAUUUGAGAUGUGGAAAUGGUUGAAACACAAAUUUGGGAUCUCUAUUUUAUAUGAGUUUUUUUUUAUUUUA